CCUACUCGUCUACUGACAAAGGCCAAAGGGAUAAUGAUUAAAGAAUCAAGAAUGUAAACAUGAUAUAUUUUUAUUUUUCGAAAGUUUAAUACUGCAAUUAUUUUUGUUUAAUAUUACUUAAUACUUAUAAAUGUUGUGUAGUUGAUUUUCAUAAAAAGUGUUUGGAAUGUAUUGGAAACGUGUUAAAGUGUACUACGCAAACCAUUUGCGUAUCAGUCGCCUCAAGUACUGUACGAUAUCCAAGUCAUCAAGACUUACCAACGAACCCGAACUGAUUGUCGAGCAAAACCAUGUACCUAAAGUAGUUGAUGAAUGUAUGGGUAAAGCACCUCGUUUAAUACCCAUAGAAAAAUCUGAAUUUCGUAAAAAUGCGUUAAAUAUUCAAAUGCUUUCAUCUAAUUUGUAUGAUCAACUUUUCAAUGAGCCUCAUCAAACAAAUGAUAAUGUUCAAAGAUCAGCUUUGCGUGAACUCUCCAAAUUUGGACUGCCAUCGGUAUUGCACCCAAUUCCAGAUGUUGAACUCCAGCUGCCUCCAUUAGAAGGGAACAUAGUUGAACAUUUUUAUGAAAUUGGUAGAAUACAAAGUGAACCAUAUGCAUUAUUAAUGGACGAAUUUUUGAAAAAUUCCAUUCCAGAAAUGCCAAAACAUUGGGAAUUUAGAGAAGGAUGGACUAGGUAUGGUAAAAAUAUCGAACCUUGUGAUCAUCCAAAAGAAAAAGUUAUGAUAUUUGACGUUGAAGUAUGUUGUACAGAAGGAGAUCUGCCCACUAUGGCCACUGCUGUCACAUCAGAAGCUUGGUACAGUUGGGUGAGUAAAGAUUUAAUCAACUGUAACACUAGAAUGGGCAGAAAUUUAGGUUAUUCCAUCAACGAUCUUAUUCCAUUAGAGUCUCCAGCAAAUUCUAAAGAUAAACCUACUGAUUGGACUAUUACUCCUAAAUUAUGUGUUGGACACCAUGUAGCUUUUGAUCGUGCUAGAAUAAUGGAACAGUAUUGGUUAAGUCGUACAGGUCUUCGUUUUAUAGAUACUAUGUCAUUACAUGUCGCAGUAAGUGGUAUUACUAGUUAUCAAAAAGCAUUACUAAAAUCAAAAAAUAUCAUAGAAGAUGAAUCCUGGCAACAGUACAGUUCCUUAAACAGUUUAAAUGAAGUUUAUAAGUUAUAUUGUAAAUUGGAUUUAUCUAAAAGCAACCGUGAAACAUUCGUUAAAGGUUCAUUAACAGAUAUUAACAAUGAUUUUCAGAAUUUAAUGACUUAUUGUGCAAAUGAUGUGAUAGCUACUUCACGAGUCUUAACACAAUUAUGGCCAUUAUUUUGUGAGAGAUUUCCUCAUCCAGUGACAUUAGCUGGUAUUUUGGAAUUGGGUACCUCUUACUUGCCAGUUAACUCAAAUUGGAAAAAAUAUUUAGAUACUUCUAAUGAAAUCUAUGAAGAUUUGAAUAUAGAAUCCAAGUUCUUAUUAUCACAACAAGCAAAUCAAGCAUGUCAAUUGAUGUACAAUGAAAACUAUAAAAAAGAUUUGUGGCUCUGGGAUCAAGAUUGGACUCCUAAACAAUUUAAAUUAAAGAAAGAAAAAAAGAAGAAACUAGAAAUCACUGUUGAAAAUAAACCUAUAGUACCUGAAGAUAUUUAUGAAGAAAGAUAUUUAGAGUUAGAAAAUAAAUUUAAAAAUCUUAUGGAAACAAAUGAAAGAAUGCCUGUUAAAACUCCUCAUUUAGCCGGAUAUCCAGAAUGGUAUAGAAAGUUAUGUGCCCCUCCUAAAGAUCCAAAUUGGGUUCCUGGUCCUAACCUCAUAAGUUCAGGAAUGCAUUUAGUUCCUAAGUUACUCUCUCUAAUGUGGAAAUCUAUUCCUUUACACUAUGUUCGAAGUCAUGGCUGGGGUCAACUUGUACCCUAUGAUACUGAUAUUAAAAUUCCAGAUGCUGAACUUGUACCCAUUAAAGAGUUAGAGGAACAUUGUGUUCAAAGUAAUUUAACUUGUGGCUGUGAUAUAAAAAUGACCUGUUCAGAAAUUCAUGAAGAAGUUCAAAAAAACCUAGUUAAAUAUGAAUGUACUUUCAAAAAAAAAAUUGGAAAAGACAAGUUUCGCUCUCUGUGCAAGACCAGUUUUGAAUCAAAGUGUGGUCUUUUGAAACUACCACAUAAAGAUGGUAAUCAUUUGAAUGUAGGAAAUCCACUUGCAAGAGAUUUCUUAAAUAAAUUUUCACAAAGUGGUCUGUCUGGAAAAGAUAGUAAAGCAGAACGAAUUAUUGAAAUAUCACGAAUGUUGUCGUAUUGGAGAAAUAACAGAGAACGGGUUGAAGGACAAUUUGUUGUUUGGACAGAUAAGUCUGAAGGACGUGGUGCAAUCUUACCUCAAGUUGUAGUUUGUGGUACUCUAACUCGUAGAGCUGUUGAAAGAACAUGGAUGACAGCAUCCAAUGCUAUUGAUGAAAGAGUGGGUUCUGAACUACGCAGCAUGAUUCAAGCACCUCCUGGUUACCAUUUGGUGGGGGCUGAUGUGGAUUCACAAGAAUUAUGGAUUGCUUCUAUUAUUGGCGAUUCUCAUUUUGGUAAAGAACACGGUGCUACUGCUUUUGGAUGGAUGACACUUAGUGGUAAAAAGAGUGAUGGUACAGAUAUGCAUAGUGCUACCGCAAAAGCAAUUGGAAUCACAAGGGAUAAUGCCAAAGUAUUAAAUUAUGCUAGAAUUUACGGUGCGGGUAAACCAUUUGCUGAGCGUUUAUUGAAACAGUUUAAUCCGGAUUUGACCAUAGCGCAGGCAAAACAAAAAGCGAUAGCUAUGUUCAAUGUGACCAAAGGGAAUAGGGUUUACAAAUUACGUGAUUCUGUUUUACCGGAACUUAAAAAAAGAGAAUAUACACGACGUGGUGCAGAAGACGUUUGUACUAUUUAUAAUUUAAGCGGUGAAGAAAUAUUUGAAAAACCUGCUUGGAGUGGAGGCUCGGAAUCGGCUAUGUUCAAUAGCCUAGAACAUAUUGCAUAUUCAAAACAUCCAAAAACACCAUUUUUAGAAUCAAGACUGAGUCGUGCUUUAGAAGUACAAGAAAGUGAUGUAGGAAAAUAUGUGCCAACUAGAAUUAACUGGGUUGUUCAAAGUGGUGCUGUAGAUUUUCUACACUUAAUGCUAGUCUGUAUGCGAUGGUUGGUGCAUCCUAAUGUAAGAUUUUGUUUGAGUUUUCAUGAUGAAAUACGAUAUCUGGUCCCUAGUGAACAUCGUUACCAAACUGCACUCGCAUUACAUGUUACCAAUUUACUGGUCAGAGCAUUUUGUGUUCAAAAAUUGGGCAUGACAGAUUUACCUCAGUCUGUAGCAUUUUUCAGUUCAGUCGAAGUGGAUACUGCACUUAGAAAAGACGCGACUCACGAUUGUGUUACGCCUUCAAAUCCGUAUGGAUUAUCAAAAGCUUAUGGGAUUCAUCUUGGAGAGUCGUUAAACAUCAUUAAAGCAGUAGAACUUUCUGGCGGUAACAUUGGAGUGUUUAAAAAGAAAAAGAAAAAAAACUGACCAACUAAUAUCAGCUAUUAAUAACUUAGAUUAUCGUAGAACUAAAUAAUUACUUGUGUAUUAUAAUUUUUUAUAAAGAGUAUCAUUUAUUAAGUGUUAUUUUU